AGAGAGCCUCAACAACGAGUGUCCACCACCUGUCGCAUCAUCUCGGCAGCGUUAAUUGUCUCUGCUUUGGUUGGGUGUGUGCUGGUGCCUUCAGUGAAAAGCCUGCUGUGGCUAGAUCUGUUCUACUGGCUUUCCUACAUCAAACUCAUUAUCACUGCUAUUAAAUACACUCCGCAGCUAUGGGAAAACUACCAGCGGAAGAGCACAGCAGGGUGGAGCAUAUACCAAGUCAUUCUGGACUUCACUGGAGGCUCUUUGUCCCUUAUCCAGAUGUUCCUCCUUGCUGGCAACUAUGAUGACUGGUUUUCCAUCUUGACGGACCCUGCUAAGUUGGGUCUAGGCCUACUCUCCAUAUUCUUCAAUAUUUUCUUCUUUAUUCAGCACUACUGUCUAUACAAAAAUUCAGAGAAGAGAAAACAGUCGGCAGAAUCUGGGCAUCUGGAGAAGAACGGGGAACUCAAGAAUGGAAAGGAAACGUCACCCAACAAUCUGCCAGAUUUUUCAACUCAUAUGUAGUACUACAUUUUGCAAAUCGUUUAAUCAAUUCUUAUACUUCUUAUUCUCUUUUUCCUUUUUUUUUCUGCAUUCACUUCUUCUAUUCGAUUAAUUCCCAUGUUUAUAUUUUGAUAAAAUAACACAGGAAGUGAUAGACUGAUCACAGUUUUCUUACACAAAUUUAAUUGCAUAUUUCGCCACUAAGUUAUGAUCCCAUUAUAUUUAUGUGAAGACACGUAAUUUGAACCUUAGAGAAUGAGUAAUUUCACGGAACAAUAUUUGUGUAAUUCAACUUACCGAUUUUAUAGCGAUAAAGCAUAUCCCGAACGAAGACUAUAUGAGAUGAGACAUUGAAAAACAUAGUUUGUUCUAUAAAAUUACUCAUUUUCUUUGAACGUUAAACCUAUUCCUUGAAUCCGUGUUUACAAUACAGUAUUAGUAUAUAUUAUUUGUGUAAAUAAUACAAAUUCAGUCUGUGUAAACACUACAAAUACUGUAAGUAAAGACACAGGAAGGUGAUAAAUGAAAUGUGUUUAAAAAUGCUUUAGUUGUACUAGAACUUAGUGAUAUUUUUUUCUUAAUAAAUACAACCGUUAAACAUA